GCAGCCCCGCGCCUGCGCAGUGCGGUUUGUCGCGGCGUGCUGCCGCCAUGUCCCCGCGGAACGGGCGCCGCACCGGAGCGCACCGGGCGCACUCGCUCGCCCGGCAGCUGAAAACCAAGCGGCGCCGGCGCGAUCUGGAUGAGAUCCACGCGGAUCUGAAGCCCGAGAACGCGGCGCGGCUGCUGCGGCAGGAGAUCGACCCCGACCUGCCCGGCUGCGCGCAGUUCUACUGCCUGCACUGCGCGCGCUACUUCGUGGACCUGAACAGCAUGAAGGAGCAUUUCAGAUCCAAGGUGCACAAGAAGAGGCUGAAGCAGCUGCGGGAGGCUCCGUACACGCAGGAGGAGGCUGAACGUGCYGCCGGGAUGGGCUCCUACAUCCCCCCGAAGAAGGUGGAGGUGCAGACCCAGCCCCUCGAGGAGGUCACCGAGAUGGAGACGUCCGGCUGAGCGCGGGGAUGGGCGAYUGAGGGGCCGAGUGGCUCUGUGAGGGCGUCUUUGUCCUGAACUUUGUUGUGAGAAAAAUGUGCUCCAGCACAGCGUGCCAGCCAAAACCACCCCGCUCCUCCCACAGCCCCCUGGCCUGGCACUAACGAGGAGAAGGAGCCAGCAGGACCCUGGCUGCCCUCGCCGUGUGUUCCUCUUCUCCAGAAAGGGACAAGGCUAUUCUCUGACUGCACUCUUGUCUCUCUGCUUUUGGAGCAGUUUCCUCUCUCUGUCCUCAGGCAGAGGUUAUCCCAGCGAUGCACCCAUUAAAAUAUGUCAA